AUGGCAGACAAUGAAGAAGUUGAACUCGAUGAUCUCCUGGAAGACUCUGUCGUAGGCGGUGACGACAAUCUAGAGGCAGCAGAAGACAACGACGAAGACGUGGUUGGCGGAGAAAUGGACGAUCUGAUGAACGAUCUAUUGGAGGACACGACCAGAGAGGAGGACGACGACGACACUGCGGAUGCUGCGGAAGCUACAACAGAAGAUACAGCUAAUACUGACGAUACUAGUCAAAUUGCAUCUUCCGAAGUGCCUACAGCAUCAGAAGCUACUAGUGAUGAAGCUGCUGCCAAUAAGGACGCAGAAGAAGAAGAAGGAGUAGAAGUAGAAACACCAGCAUCUGCAUCUGCAUCAGAACCAGUAGACACAGCGGAAACAGCGGAACCAACACCAGCAGUAACUAAACCACCAACACCAGAAAAGAAGGACACUCCGUCCGUCACAUCGGACAAGGAAAACGUAAAGGCAAAACCGUCUCCAGUCAAAAAGACUCCCAAAAAGACGGUGGCUCCCAAGCCAAAGACGACGGUGGCGCCCAACAAACCAAAGCCUGUGGCACCCAAAAAGACGACUCCACGAAAGCCCACGACACCCUCUCGUCCCAAACCCAAACCCAUUACUACCACUGCUACAACCAAACCAAGGACUCCUUCUCGUCCCAAGACACCCACACGCCCCAAGACUCCGACUCGCACCCGACGCACUCCUGGACCCAAGCCGGAAAGCGAUGCUGAUGAUGACGAUGCCCCUCAAGGUCCCAUUUGCGACAAUGCCUUUCAACCAACUUUACAUGUCAAACGAGGUCCGUGUCAAAUUUGCGUCUUUAAAUUGAACGAGACGGAAAAGAAAAAAUUUGAAACGAACAAGCGUCAUUUGGGAGUCUACAUGACACGAGGAGGGUGUUUGGAAUGUCAAGCCUUUCCCAGUCAAGAGGGAGAGGACCCUGUACGAAUUUGUCGUCAAUGCUUUUUUGAUACCCACAAGUUGCGUCCGCAUGCGCCUCCACCCUUUUCGGGGAGUACCACCUGGCAAGGACUGCGCAUUGCACAACCCAAUGGCAAGUUUGUCAUGUAA